AUGGAGGCAGGAGUGGGCGCAGCCAGUGCUGCUGUCUCACCCUGGGCCUUGUGGAACUUCCGCAAGAUGAUCAAAUGCACCAUCCCUGGCAGCCACCCUCUGCUGGAAUACGGUGACUAUGGCUGCUACUGCGGCUUGGGAGGCAGUGGGACCCCAGUGGAUGACCUUGACAGGUGCUGUCAAGCACAUGAUCACUGCUACACAGAAGCGAGUAAACUAGAAUCAUGCAAAUUCAUCUGGGACAGUCCCUACACAGAGUCGUACAAGUUCAGCUGCUCCAACAAGCAGAUUACAUGUGACAGCAAGAACAACGAGUGCGAGGCGUUCGUCUGCAACUGCGACCGCACCGCGGCCAUGUGCUUCGCCAAGGCGCCCUACAACCCCGAGCACCACAAGCUGGACACCAGCAAGCACU